CUUUUUGCCACCAGUAUUAGGGAACUAACCCAAGGCUGAGGUCACAGCACAGUUUGCGCCACGGUUGCUCUCUGGGCGUCAACCUGAACGGAGGCCUUUGUUUCCACCCUCAGUCAUAUUUAUAGUCGGAAAUAGAGCCGGGUGCCAGUGCGUGUUUUAUGGUCUCCGGUAGUUUAUGACUGCUGGCGGUGUUGAUGCACGGGAACAGAGAGGGUCAUAAGGAUAAAAUCAAUAGUGCACCUUAAUGAGGUUGACUGAAAAGAAGGGAAGGAGGGGACGUGUGGGUGAUCAGAAAGUGAGAGGAAUCAGAGGGGUGACGGGAGGAAACAGUGCAUGGUGUGUGGGGGGUGAAGAGGCUCUUAGGGCCUUCAGGUGGGUGUUUGAAUCGCUUGGCAGCUGGUUUAGUUUCAUAAAAAUUCUGCAGAAAUUGCUCAUUGUUCGCUUACAUUACAAAAUGUUCACACUCAGCUGGAGCUUUUCUGAUGCCGGGCUCGUCGUCUUGAGACACACCGAAUGGUUUAUCGGUGAUUUUUUAUUUUAUUUUUUUCCCCAGAGACUUUAGAAAACUGUGCUUCAGAACUUGAUUAAAAUGUGGAGUUUAUGUCCUUUUGGAGGGAAAAAAUUGAGUUGUAGUAACCCAGUUGGAUCCGAGUUACGUAACAGAUUUGUCAUGAAAAAAACAAAACAACAACAACAACAUGACCCUGCAGUGCCGCUACCUCACAUGAUCCUGUGCUCUUUUGAUUUGCUUCAAGUAAAGAAAGGCUCGUCAAGCACUGCAGCUACCUCAACCUCGUUUGAUAGGAGAUAUUUUGCAUUUAUUUGUUCGUCCAUCAUGGCAUUUGCAUGGCGGUCAGGAUGUGUGGGUUGGUCCUGCUGAGUUGUUGUUGUUGUGCUGUGAGACAGCUGACUGCAGAGACAAACACAGCUGAAGGAAACGCAUGUCAGCUCACCUUUGUCCUCCGGGGACAGACGUCCACACAUACCGUCGGCGGGGUCUCUUUACCUCCCCUCAGCCUCUCGUAAUCAAUGGCAACCUCGGUCCAAACUCUUCCCGUGACGCGUGGUCCCACCCAAAACUUCCGCAGCCCUUUCCCCGCCUCCCCCCUCUCCUCACUCUGCGGCAUGGGAAGCGUAGGGAGCCUGGUGGAGAAGCCGGAUGUGUCUCCGACUAAAGGUAACCGCGCGGUGCCUCAGGUGAGACCUAGACAAACCAACGGCCUCCUGAAGAAAGGCCUGACCCAGAGAGAGCUACUGAACUACCUCAACAUCACCAGAAAAGAGCCCAAAGCGGGGCCGAGCGGCGACGGCAAGAGGGACGUCAUCGGAGGCCUGGUGGAGGAUGACGUUUUCGCCAAAGUCUACAGUAAAGAUGGCACUGAAAUAGACCUGACUAAAAGCUCACUGCCGAGCGGGAGCAAGUACGAAAAGGUUCGGUUCAGGUCUUCUGCAUUCAAACCCGUCACCCCUAAAAACUUCAGCUCCAUGCAAAACCUCUACCCCUCCUCCAAGUCGGAGGACAUGGAUCACGGCCUUUCUAAUGGACUGCACAGAGCGUACGGCCACAUCUCCAAGACCGUCUCCACCUCAUCUUCAUCUUCCUCUCCCCCCCGUCAUGGAGGACCGACAUCAUGUGGUAACAAGGCCGUCUCCUCGGUGCAAGUGAUGAGCCACGAGGAUGACAACCUGUCAGACUCGGGCCAUAACUCCAUGAGCAGUCUGCCGCCGUACCGCCCUCCGUUCCGUCCACAUCUGUCUCACAUCAGCGCUUCCAUGGGCCACAUCAACACCAUCGGCUCCUUGGAUCGGACCUCUCAGGGCCUGAAGGCCGCCGGGUCGGGGGGCGUGGCUAUGGGGGAGGUAGCAUGCCGAAGCAUGGCCACCCUGAACCGCCUGACCCCCUACGGCAGCGAGGCUCCGCCUCCUUAUGAAUGGACGCUGUCCCUCUCGGUGGAGGACGUGGUGCGGGAUCUGGAGGAGCGCCUGGUGGAAAAAGAACACGAACUGAAACAGAUGAGGAGGAACCUGGACGAGAGCGAGGGCGCCAUCGCUCAGGUGUUCGAAGGGAAGCAGCGUCUGUGGGAGAAGGAGGUGGAGGAGCUGAAGCGCCUGUACGCUGCCAAGCUACGUCAGGUCUCGCAGCACGCCCAGCGCUCCCAGCGCAGCAUGCAGUUGGAGCUGUUCAGGGCCCAGCAGGAGAAGAACCGCCUGCAGGAGGAGCUCGACGGCCUGAAGCGGGACGUGAGCCGGGACGCCACGGCCGCGCCAAAGGCGACCAGUCCGACUCUGGAGGAGACGCGGUGGGAGGUUUGUCAGAAGUCAGGGGAGAUCUCGUUGCUGAAGCAGCAGGUGAGGGACUCCCAGGCAGAAGUGACUCAGAAGCUGAGCGAGAUCUUCAAGCUGAAGACACAGCUGAGGGAAACCCGGACGGAGCUGCGCAACAGGGAGGCUCAGAUAGACGCUCUGAACAUCAUCCUGCAGGGGACGCAGCGCGGCAGGUGUUCCUCCGCCGGAGAAAGCAGAAAAGGAGCCGAAGAGACUCCAUCAGCGGGCAGCUCUGGGGGUCCCACAGAAGAGCGUCUGCGAGCGGAGCUGCUGCUGGAGCGACGUCAGAGCGAGGCCCAGGCCACGGCCUUCGAGGAGGAGAGGAACACGUGGCAGACGGAGAAAGACAAGGUCAUCCGCUACCAGAAGGAGCUGCAGGCCAGCUACUUGGAGAUGUAUCACCGCAACGAAGCCCUGGAGAGGGAGCUGCAGCAGCUGAGGGCGGGCGGGGCGCGGGAAGGAAGGGGAGGCAGCGCAGGAGGAGGAGGAGGAGGAGAAGGAGGAGGCAACAGAGAGGGGACAACUGAGAAGGAGGCGAAGGAGCCGACAGCUGACAGAGCAGCAGGAAAACAAGAAGACACGCCUUCCUCGAGUCUGCCGUGGAUAGACAGGAUUGAAUCGUCUGAAAUUUGAAUGUGACACACUUGUUUGCAAUGCAAACUGUUUUCUCCGAAAGCAUGGACCUACGUAAGAGCAAGUCUGCCUGGGAAAAAAAAUAAAAAAUGAGACACAAAAUACACAAACUUAGAGAUUAUUUAAAAAAAAAAUUAUUUACCAAAUCAAAAUCCUACACAACUUACUAAAUCUCUGAAAAGGAUGACAGGAUGUGCUGCUGGAUUAGUUGUGGUACCAAGUAAUCAAGAUUAAAAAAAUAUAAAGUCAGAAGUAGUAGACCUAAAAAAAAAAAAAAAAGUUGACAUAAAUAAUAAUAAUAAACUGUGCUAAACCUUUGACCCUCAUUGGAGCCACUUUUUUAAAAAAAAGUACAAAUUAUGUGUCGAUUUACCUAAACGAAGCUUGUAAAUUGUGAAAUUUGGGAAUGAAAAAAAAUCUUAAAACAAAAACAGCUCAGUCAGAACAAAGAAAAAAAAAACAUGUCAAUGUGAAACUUUUGACUGACAAUCUUGAAAUGGGAACCUAUUAUAUAAUUUCUCAUGUGUUUUUGUGGUACAACAAAAGAGCUUCAUAGAUUCCCAUCUGACCCCCCGCACUGCUUCUGCACCUUGAUUGUAUUAUAUUGCCCUUUUCCUGUAAGAGUCCAGGAACGAUCACAUCCUUCUGGACGUUUUCACGCCGACGCUCGUCUGUUGUGCCACGUUUAUCCUCAGCAGAAUAACUGCAGACUGUAAAAGCACUGCCUGAGACUCGUUCAAAAUGAUCUUAUUGGUGACGAUAACCAAAGCAUUCAAAUAGUGACCCAACAAGCAACUAGCUGUUGACUGGAAUCAGCUUCACUGGCUGGUUGGAAACUAGAUAGUUCACUCUUUGCUGUGGAUGUUGUUACUGAGUGAAGAAGGUUUAUAGUUGACUACUUUUAGGAUCAAAAUCGUUUAAUAAAGGAGCAUUUUUGCUGCUCCUACUUCUGCAGCUUUUGUUGCUUUACACCCAACUUUUCAGAAAGGAAAAGGAGCCCAUCUGCCACGUUAGGUUAUUCCCACCAUGGGAACGUUUUUGUUCAACUCACAGAGGAGACAGUUGACCAUAAGCACAUCUUCACCAGAUACCAUGAAGGCUGAAUAUGUUGCUUUAGAAAACUUGGCUGCCUUUAAAAACCUCAGAAUGAAGUAGGCGUGUGUGCAUUCUCUAGGGUUUUUUAAACUGUGGCUUUAUUUAGA